AUGGAGAAAGAUGAGGACAGAUGGAUAUAUGAUAGACAAGACAACGAAAGUUUUAAUAGGGGUAAUUAUACAAGAAGAAAUAAUCAUAGUAAUAAUGAUGAAGGGAACUAUAGGUUUAACAAAUUUUGGAAUAAUGAUAGAAGGUUUAAUGGUAACAAUAGAGAUAAUAAUAAGGGUUAUAGAGAGGCUGUCAUUGAGAGGUACUACCUAGAAACUACACUUAAUGCGGUUGAAACCAUUAAGGAACAUACCAAUAAGCAUUGGCUAACCAGUAAAAACAACAAUUUGGCAAGAAUACCAAUGGAUGAUAUUCUUAGAUUUAUUAGUAAUUUCAGGCGCAAUAAGACGCAUCUAGAAGAAAGGAUUAUUGAAGAGGACAUGACCGCUGUGCAGACCCAACCCCCCGCCACCCUGCAACAACAUGCCCCUAAUAUGGAUAUAGGUAACUAA